CGCGCCGCCAUUCGCGGCAUGGCUGUUAAUUACCAGGUCCUGGCCGGUGAUUACUCGCCGGCGCCAGGUGAUUGCAGGGCAUCUCUGACAGGGAGGGGGGAGAACUGUUAGUAAACAAAACAGUUCUCCUCCCUGUCAGCUCCUGCACACUGCUUUGCAUGACUGUGCACAGCACAGCCAGUGAAGCACUAACACACAGCCCCACAGUAAAACAGCACACAGUUAACCCUUUGAUCACCCCAGAUGUUAACCCCUUCCUGCCCAGUGCCAUUAGCACAGUGUCAGUGUUUUUUAUUAGCACUUAUCACUAUAUUGGUGUCACUGAGGAUGUCAGUGACACCAAGUCAAUUCCCCCCAGUGUCAGAUGCCCGCCGCAGUCCCGCUAUAAGUCACUG